GGGGCUGCGAGCUAUUCAGCAACCAACGCAAAGAUGUCUUCUACAAGAGCACUCACAGAUGAGCAGGUAUGUGGUCCCCCCAGUUGGGCUGCGGUCGGUUGUGACGGUGACGUCGGGUGCAGCAGAGCCGACCAAGAACCAGAUACUAACAAUAACGAGGGAACACGCGUGUGCUGCGAGUGCCGUGGUGUCAAAUGAUGCAGGUUCAGGGCGAAUUGAAGAAGAUGGAGUCCUUCAUAACGAAGGAAGCCGAGGAAAAGGCGAAGGAGAUCCAAUUAAAGGCGGACGAGGAGUAUGAGAUCGAGAAAGCGUCCAUUGUGCGUUCCGAAAUCAAUGCAAUUGACGCCGCCUACCAGGACAAGUUCAAGAAGGCGUCGCUCGCACAGCAGAUCACGAAAUCGACGAUCGCCAACAAGACGAGAUUGAAGGUGUUGGCCACCAGAGAGGAAGCGCUUGAGACGAUUUUCGGUGCCACCCAGGACGAGUUGAAGAAGAUAGCCGGCAACAAGGACAAAUACAAGAAGCUUCUCAUAGGCCUCAUUGAGGAGGGCCUCUACUCGUUGAUGGAGCCCUCCGUGGUGAUCAAGGUGAGAAAGACAGACGUUGCUGUUGUCAAGGACGCUGCCAAGACCGCUGUCGACAACUUCUCCAAACAGGCCGGCUUCAGCGUCGACUUCCAGGUCGACGAGUCCAACUUCUUGGACAAGGACGUGGCCGGUGGUAUCAUUGUCGUCAACGGAUCGGGCAAGAUCUCCGUUAACAACACCCUUGACGAGAGAUUGAAGCUUCUCUCGGAAUCGGCUUUGCCAGCCAUCAGAUUGGAGAUUUUCGGUCCUUCGAAGACAAGAAAGUUCUUCGACUGAGGAGCAAACUAGAGCAAGAAACCUUGUUCCCCCCUUUCCCACUAACACAUCAUCCAUCCACCGUAUCGAUUGUAUAAUCUAAAAUGUCUCUGUAAAGAAAUACAGCUGUUAUCGUACAC